UUUAAUUCAUUUCGUUUUCGGAAAUCGAGCAAGCUUGUAGAAACGCAUUUAAAAGAUCUUUAACUGUGUGUGGCUUAAUUGCAAAAAAAUAAUCGUGCUGGUGAUUAAAAAAGAACAACGAGUAAACAGAAAAACAUUUACUUGCAGGAUAUUCUAACCAACCGAACUUGAAACAAAAAAUCCAAAUAUGAGUUCCACUUUUGAACAACAUUUAAUGGAGAUUGCCAAAAAACUUAUGGCCCCUUCAGAUAAAUCUGAUUUCGCCAUCGUCCGGGAUUUUAUAAUGGAUAUAAUAAGGGAUAAUCAAGUGUUGACUUCCACAUGCAGAGUUGAAAUGUUAGACUUUGGCAGCCGUGCUUUGGGAAUACAUAAAAACGAUAGCGAUUACGACGUAAUGGUUGUGCUUGAAUUUCCCUAUUUCGAAGAUAUAUUAGUGCGUCCGGAUCGACAUCGUCCAGGAAUGGUGCACUUGGACUUCAAGGAUUUGCCCUCAAACUAUUUCACGCAGGACACGCUGCUGGAUAACCGCUGGUAUCUCAAGCGCGAUGAGUUGCAAACGUGGAUGCAGUGCAUCCUGACAAAUGUCAUCGGUCGCAGGGUGAGGGGCGCACGCUGGGAUUAUUACGAACUACGCUACCACCGCAAACCCACUUGCCACACCAUCACCGCUGAGUCGAACAAUCGUGUGUUCUCCAUCGACUUUGUGCCGGCCAUUAAAAUUUACUUUGAUGAUUCUGACUGGCUGGCAAUUCCCAAGUGGGCGCCAGGUCCAAAACGAUCCAACGGUUGCACAUUUAUGGUGAGCGACAUUGAAGAAGAGAUAUAUUGGUUCAAACAGGGUGGUACGGUUAUCCAAGACGCCGUAGCGUUGCUGAAGGCACUGUGCGAGGCCAAGGACCUCCCCAAGAUUCGCAACUAUCAUUUGGUUUCCACAGCCAUUCGUAUAAUCAAGAGUGAUGAUUUCGAUGGUUCUUCCUUGGAAUGGACCCUUCUGGGUCUUCUCUACGAUCUAAUAGAAGCCCUGGAGGAUAAUGACCUCCCGUACUUCUGUUACGAUGAGCUCAAUCUGCUGUCAAACUUUAAACCAAACCAGGUCAUUAAAUACGUCAAUGUCUUGAACAGCGUGUACAAGACCCUUAAAAGUUAUCCGCACCAGGACAACCUUUCCUAUGAGCGAUGCAGCUGGCACUUUUUGGGAGAUGAUGAUGAUGAUUACGCUGACUAGGGCUUGUCAGGCCAUUAAUUUCAUUUUUUUAACACAUUUAACAAGUUUCAAUCUUUUUUACUUUCGUCGCUUUAAUGUGACAUGUGCCUUGUGAAAUAAUAAACAAUUUGGUUUAAACUUGGGAAACAAUAAUAAUAAUGGCAUCAGAUAAAUAUAAAAGACCC